CAGGCCGGCCCGGCUCCCGUUUCCGUUUCCGGGUCGCGUCCAAGCUUGGGGCGAAGUGAGGUGGGCUGAGUGGAGGCGGUGCGUUGGGAAGAGUCGCUCGCAGCCCGAGCCGCCAUCGUUCUCCGUCCGCGCCAUGCCCAAAGGCGGCAGGAAAGGAGGCCACAAAGGCCGAGCGCGGCAGUACACGAGUCCCGAGGAGAUCGAUGCCCAGCUGCAAGCAGAGAAACAGAAGGCUAGGGAAGAGGAGGAAGAGCAGGAGGAAGGAGGAGAUGGUGCUACAGGUGAACCCAAGAAAAAGGAGAAAUCACUAGAUUCAGAUGAGAGUGAGGAGGAGGACGAAGACUACCAGCCAAAGCACAAAGGAGUGGAAGGCAUGAUAGAUAUAGAGAAUCCCAACCGUGUUGCACAGACAGCCAAAAAAGUAACUCAGAUAGAUCUGGAGAGCCCCAGAGAGUUGUCGCGGAGAGAACGGGAAGAAAUUGAAAAACAGAAAGCGAAAGAGAGGUACAUGAAGAUGCACCUCGCUGGUAAAACGGAACAAGCAAAGGCAGAUCUUGCCCGACUAGCCAUCAUCCGAAAACAGCGGGAAGAGGCGGCCAGAAAAAAGGAGGAAGAAAGACGAGCUAAAGACGAAGCAAGUUCAGCAGGCAAAAGACUGCAGUCGCUGUCCCUCAACAAGUAAGCGGAGGCCACCGAGAGGAGGAAAUUCCCGGGAACUGUGCCUGGCUGGCGCCCGCCGCACACUCUUCCGCAUCCCUUCCCAGAGAGGCCGCGUGGAGAGAGCGGUGGCGGCGGCAUCUUCACCUCUAAGAGACACGGACAGCAAUGCGUUUGUCUUCAUCUGGGCACAGAAUUCCACUGGGGGUGGGGGGAGGCAGG